GAUACUGCCUCAACUGGUGCUCAGCAGGAUGUCUUGGAUGCUGCUCUCUUGUCUGUUGUUAAUAUUUCCAGUACAAGGUGAAAACUCCCAGAAGGAAAUGCCCUCUCCACGUACAAGCUGCCCAAUGGGCUCCAAGGCUUAUCAGUCGCAUUGCUAUGCUUUGGUUCUGACACCCAAAUCCUGGUUUCAAGCAGAUCUGGCCUGCCAGAAGAGACCCUCAGGACACCUUGUGUCUAUUCUUAGUGGAGGUGAGGCUUCCUUUGUGUCCUCCAUGGUGAACGGUAGAAUGAACAACUACCAAGACAUCUGGAUUGGGCUCCAUGAUCCAACAAUGGGUCAACAACCCAAUGGAGGUGGAUGGGAGUGGAGUAAUUCUGAUGUGCUGAAUUAUCUUAACUGGGAUGGGGAUCCUUCCUCUACUGUCAACCGUGGACACUGUGGGAGUCUGACAGCAACCUCAGGGUUUCUGAAGUGGGGAGACUAUCACUGUGAUGGCGAAUUACCCUUUGUCUGCAAGUUCAAGCAGUAGACAACCAACAUCCUGAGUUUAUCAUGAAGCUCGCCACGACAAGCAAUGAAAUACAAGAAUUCACCCAGCAAAGCUAUGUUUGCUUCACAGGCAUGCAUCAGACUUAUUAUUGUAGUUUUCUGUCUUCUUUCAUC